GUGAACAUCCCAUAUAAUUAUAGGUAAUGAUAGGUACCACAAUAUUUUAUUUAGUCACCGAUCCGACCCUUUCCAUCCUCACACAGUCAAAUCCUUACGCCGGGUGCCACGUCAAUGAGUGAAAUAUUUUUGACUUAUUUAUAUGUCUGUAGUUUAGGCGAUGCCGGUGAAAUAAUUUGAGCUACCUUGACAAGCUUGCCGUUUGUGAAUUGUGAUUAUGGCGCGGUUGUUUGUGUUGGAGGGAUAAAUUCAUGUUUUUUGAAUUAUUGUAUUUUUGUUUCAUUGUUAAGUGCUGAGUAUAAAGCUAACAUGUGAAAGACUGAAUUUAUCUGGUCUUAAUUCUUUUCUGUCACAACCCAAUUAUCAAACAAUGGCUGUUGAUUUGAAGACUAAUGAAACCAAGCUCCUCGCCGCGUGGAAAGAUGUCACUGACGAUAAAAGUGAAACAGACUGGGCAUUAUAUGGCUAUGAUGGGAACACCAACACUUUGAAGGUGGUUUCAUCUGGAGAUGGUGGGCUCACAGAAUUGAGUGAAGACCUGAACAGCAACAAAAUAAUGUAUGCUUUCUGCAGACUGCUUGAUCCGAAGACUAGCCUACCAAAAUAUGUGCUGAUCAACUGGCAAGGCGAGGGCGCUCCGAUGAGCCGGAAGGGCUCGUGCACGAACCACAUGCGGGACGUGGCGGCGCUGCUGCACGGCCACCACCUGACGGUGCACGCGCGAGACGAGGACGAGGUCGACGAGCAGGCCAUCCUGGAGAAACUGGUGCGCGCCGGCUCGUCGGCCUACAACUUCAAGCAGCGCUCCACAGAGACCAGCCCCCAGAGCAAGCCGGUGGGCACCAACUACCACCGCAUCGUUCCGACGGCGGAGAUCAACCUGUCUGAGCGGGACAAGUUCUGGGAGCGUCAGGAGCAGGAGGAGAAACAGCGCCAGCAGGAGGAGCUCACACGGGUCGCCGAGGAGAAGGCGCGACUCGAGACAGAGAGGAACAGAAGAGAGCUGGCCGACGCCAAAAGUCGAGCCAACCAGGAGCGGGAGCGGUCCAGGAACAUCGCGGAGGUCCGGCAGGCUGAGCAGAAGGCGGAGCGGGCGGCGCCCAAACCGGCCGCCGCUUCCGCCGCCAGGAGCGCCGACAGCGCUCCAGUGGGCACCAACUACCACCGCAUCGUUCCGACGGCGGAGAUCAACCUGUCUGAGCGGGACAAGUUCUGGGAGCGUCAGGAGCAGGAGGAGAAACAGCGCCAGCAGGAGGAGCUCACACGGGUCGCCGAGGAGAAGGCGCGACUCGAGACAGAGAGGAACAGGAGAGAGGUGGAGGCGGCCAAGCUGCGAGAGCGACACGAGCUGGAGCGCAGCCGCACUAUUAACGAGGCGCGCCAGGCCGAGCGCAAGGCCGAUCGGGUGCUCUCCCAGGACGGCGAGCAGACGGCGCGCUGGCAGCAGAGUCUGGCUGAGGACCAGCGUGCUGAGGAGGAGCGGCGCCACCGCGCCGACCGGCUGCGGGCCGAGCGGAAACAGGAGGCGGAGAAGCUGAUCGGCCACCGGACCGGCGAGGCGCGCGCCGUGUUCGCGCGCGGUACCGCCUCUGGCCAGCUCAGCUCGGGCCCCGCCAGCCCGGUGGGCCGGCCGGGCGGCGUGGCGAGACGCUGGCCGCCGGCAGCUGCACAACAUUCCACGGGUCAGCAGGAGCCGGCGGCGGCGGCCCGACCGGCGGGGCGGCUGAACGGAUCGGCAGUGCCCGCAGGCGGCGCUCCGAACGGCCACAGAGACCCCGCUCCAGCCGCCCGGGAAUCGGCCCCGGCGCCGACACCGGCUGCCGCUCCCAAGGAGCCGGCUCCCACGGCCACCUUCACCCAGCGGGAGCCGUCGCCCCCUCCGGUUCCUGCCCACGCACCUAAGGAGCCAUCCCCGUCCCCCGGCCCGGUCAGCGCACAGCGGGAGCCGUCCCCUCCCCCCGUACCGGCUCACGCACAGGAGCCAGCCCCGGCGCCGGAGCCGGCCUCUGCCAGACAGCCGGAGCCGGCUCCCGCGGCGGCCUACAGUCAGCCGGAGCCGGCUCCCGCGGCGGCCUACACCCAGCCGGAGCCGGCUGCCGCCCCGGCGGCGGCCUACACAGCUCCGGAGCCGGCUGCCGCUGCAGCGUACACCCAGCCGGAGCCGGAGCCGGAGCGGGGCCACGCGGACGGCGCCGGCCCGGCGGUGAUCACUGGCGAGGUGCAGAUCACCACGGUGACCGGCGAGCUGGCCUCGGUCUCGAUCGCGCCCGAGCACGGCCUGUGCGCCCAGGCGCUUUACGACUACCAGGCCGUGGACGACACGGAGAUCACGUUCGAUCCGGGAGACAUCAUCACAAACAUCGAGCAGAUCGACGAGGGCUGGUGGCAGGGCGUGUCGCCGGCCGGCCAGUUCGGCCUCUUCCCGGCCAACUACGUGCAGCUCAUCAACGCCUGACAGACCAGCAGCUGAGUGCCGACUGGGCGCGCCGCCGCUGCUCGCAACUCUCGACCUUAGCGCGUGCCACGUGCGCGGUACUUACGGGCCACUUCAGUACCCGCAAUAGCUCUCCUAGUUUACUCGCGCGCUUGCGCACUAACCGUUACUGCUGAAUCAUGUGAUAGAGUUUAUAUGUGUUUUCGGAAGCGCGCCGCGUUUCGGCUCCCCCUGCGCGCGCGAACGCCAAGCGUUCGGGGCGUCUCACCGCCUGCUGGGUGGCAUGUGGAUGUGGUGUUACGGGCGCCUCCGCGAGCUUGCCGCUGCAUAUCUGUCGUUUACGAAAAGCUUCCAGUUGUAAGUUUCCACAUAUUGUGAGCUGUUUCACCUAUAACUCGUUGGAAUAGAAUGGCUGUUUCUUAUAA